UCAAGAAUUACCGUGACGAUGCAGGCGUCGCUAAAGACCUGCUCGCUCGAAGAGCUCAAGAAGGAGCCGUGGCGGCUGCAGAUCCAGGCGGACAACACAGCUGAGCAGCUGCGCAGUCUGGUGCUCAAGAACUACCACGUCUUCAUCCAGAGCAACCAGUGCGCUGCAAUUGUCAAGGAUGACCUAGCGGACCUUAAGGAGGAGACUACCAAGAUCGAAGCCGCCAUUCCAGAGCUACAGAAAUACUGCGCCGAGUUCCAGAAGGAGGUGGCGGACGUCGUGGCCAAGCACGGUGACAUCCAGUUCGUCUUCGAACACUAUUUGCAGGUGAGAGAUAUAUUUUCCAUUGCAGAAUUCUCUGUCACUCAUAUUGCAAGUAUUGCGUUUAUUGUUGUAUGCCUUAAUCAGUUAACGGAGCUGCUGGAGAUCCCGCAGCUACUGGAGGCAUGCAUCCACAACGAGCUAUUCGACUCGGCCCUGGACGUGAUUAAGUUUGCCAACGAGGCGUUCCAAGCGGAUGAGAACGCCGAGACAUCGCGCAAUGUCGUUAUUGACUGCUUGGUGCGCGAGGUGGCGGAGAUGAUCGGGAUCAUGCGCGAGAAAUUGCUGCAAAAGCUGCGUGAAGACCUGCAGCUGGCGCUGUGUGUUCGGAUUGUGGGUUAUCUCCGUCGUCUUGACGCACUCAUCGAGAAACAUGGAGCUGCAGGGGUGGGUCUGUUGGAGUACGAGAAGCAGCUGAAGGAGGAGUUUCUUGCCUGCAGAAAUGUGUGGUUGUCCUCCUUGAGCCGAGGCAUUUCAUCGUCUGACCCGUAUCAAUAUAUUAUCCAAGUCAUCGACAUCAAGCGGACGAGCUGGUUUGACUUGAUCACUCAGUAUUCGGCCAUCUUUGGCAGCGAGAAUGUUGAUGGCAAGGUGGAUCCUCCGCUGUGCCGCUGGGCUACAGCGACGGUCGCCAACUUUAUCCAGAUUCUUAUGAAGCAACUACCAAAGAUCGAUGACUUCAGCUCGAUUGCCACAAUUCUCGAACAGAGCUUAUUCUUUGGAGGGUCACUGGGUCGUGUCGGUGUCGACUUCAGAGCUGUACUGGUCGUGUAUUUCGAGGACCACGUGCUGAACCUCAUGACAGAAUACUGGCGAGCAGCUUGUCGCGAGUUUCAGGAGAAUCUGAAGGCUCACUCACUUGCAGCAUCUUCAUUUGCGACGUCCUCGAAGACACCUAUCGUCAUUGCGUCGUGCCGUUCUAAUGGAGGUGGCAGUAACUUCCCUUUCGCCUCCCGUUCGGCAGCGACUUCCUCGGAUGGGGAAGACUAUUCACCGCCACGCUGUCUGAUGUCGUUCCCUUUGCUGGCCGAGUUUACCAACGCACUGCUUUCGUCGCUGAAUGAAUUGCGACUGUGUGCAAUCUCGUCGCUGCAGAAUCGAUUGGGCAAGAAGUAUCAAAGUGCAAUUGGCACCAUGUUGCUCACAAUCGCCGACUUUGUCGAGGAGAACGGGCUAGAUCUGCAUGCCUCAAGUGGAGAUAGUACUAUGACUCCGAGAAAUGCAAGAGCAGCAGCACUUACAGACUCUGUUCGUGCGACGAAUGAGGUACGAAAUACUGUCAAUUGUUGCUAGAAGGAGUGUCUUAAGUCCGACGUCUUGCUCUCUCGCAGGUUAUUCGUGCUGAACUCGUGCCGUAUCUGAUUAAAUGCUUCCAUCGUCUGUUCCCGGUGCCAUCGGCUGCUACCCUCAGCGCUGCUAACGCGGUGACUAAGGAAAUCGAAGGCUUUGACGAAAUCAUGCGUGAAGCUGGCCUGUUGAUUUCUUCGCCGUCUGACGAGACCGAAACGAAGACAGAGGUCGAUGCAAACGCAGAAUUAUCGGAGACACCAACUGUGGACGCGGAUGGUACAGACACAAUCGAGUAGAUGCGAACCCAAGGCAGCAGAUACGUGUACUGUAGAGCUGCUAUUGUCAAUAACUGGUGUAGACGCGCAUACCUGGAAUGAUGCAAGACUUCAUGCUGAUGAUAGUAUGGCUUUAACUGACGUAGUGGGGUCUAUAAGUUGCGUCACUGCUUUAAGGGAGAGCAAUACGCAGUCCAUCAUAGGUCAUUUCGAUGUUCAGGCCCUUCUCCUGACCCAUUUUCGGCAACUCAACGCUGUGCUUGGGGUAGUCGAAGUCGUGGCUCAUACCCGUAAGCAACGUACGCUUCGGCUUGAAGGUCGCAAUCUCCUCCAUCACUUUUUGCAAGUUCAUGUGCGUGCUGUGAUACUUGUCCAGAUACAACGCGUCGAUCAGCAAAACAUCAAUGGGAGGUUUACUUGUAUCGUUUAAGAAAGUCUUCGUCUCCUCCGGGAUCUCACUCACAUCGGAGAUGUAGAUGAAUCUUGCGCCAACUUCGUACCCAAAUUCAAAUCCGAACGAAGUGUAUCCAGCACCAUGAAUGACAGGAAAAGGGAGGAAUUUAAUGCCACAAGUCUCGAACGGUUCCCACGAAUUGAACGCGUCAAUUUGAAGCUUGGCGGUCCAUCGGAAUGGCUUCGGCACUGCUUCCCCAGGCGGAGGCAAAGGCUCAUUGUCAAUCAGAUAAGGGAAUUUGGUAAUGACACCAUGACUCGUGAGCUCACUACAGUACACUUUCAUGGCCUCUGGUGGGAUCUUGUACAGUUCCUUGGUCACUGGAUCGACAGUCUCUACAGUGGCCUGCACCUCGCGUAGGUCGUCCAUUCCCAGCAGUGCAUCUGCGUGGUCGUGCGUCAGCACAAGCGAGUGAACAGCCGAGACGCCGAUUUGAGGGAAGAUCCGCAAUGCUGACUCACGGAAGGUUUUGCCACAGUCGAUGAGGACAUUUUUGUCGUUCUGGAGGUUCCGCACGAGCAGACUUGGAUUGAGUCGGCGGUUCUUGGAGUCAGGGUUGACGUGCGCUUCGUGACACACGGCGCAGUUCUUGUUCAGCACACAGCGCAUGGACGGCACCGACGACGACGGACCGCAACCGAGUACAACAACUUCCAUUGUUGCGAGCAGGUCCCCUGAAGUGGUGGGGUCUGGAUUUGGCGUAAAAAUCACCUGUGCAUAAACUUGUCCGUUUCGCUGUACUAGUACCGGCUAAAGAUGAUCUUGCACGGUUGCAAGCUGCAUCAAUAGCUGUAGAGGUAAGUUAGCAAUGGCGUUUCUUCUUCAUACUGCAUCCAUCUUUGGCAGUGCGGUGUUGUUCGCAUUGAAUCAGGUGGCGAAAUAAAUUAAUAGUAGAAGUAAUUGCUGGCAGUUGAUUUGGAACAGGAGAAAGCGAGCCGAGCUAAUUCAGUAUUACUACGUGGUACUCGAAGUUCUAGCGAUGGCGCCAAAUGCACCGUUGCCGCGGCACUCGAGGCGUAGGCCAUCACGGAAUGUAAUCCGGUAUAUGAGUUCGUGACUCUCUGUGC